CAAGAUUCAUCCGACCCCGCAUCUGUCUCCGAUCCGACCCGGCCCGCUUCUAUCAUCAGGCAUAGUCCUUGAGAUCGAUCCGACGUAUAGUAUUUCCAUCUGCCACUUGUGAUAAAAGUGAUUUACCCGGUCAUCUUAACAAGAUCACUCUAACCCUCAAUAGUUACAGUCACUUGUUCACACCGAAUCCGACAGAAAACCUUGAAUAUAUUCCUCAUCAACGUAUACUACAUGAUGCGAGCAAUCGGGAUACGCGGUGGAAAAGGUCCUGCCACCUCCCUCUUCGUGGACCAGAUCGCCAAGCCCAUUCCUGGAGCUGGCCAGGCUCUAGUCAAAGUCCGCGCAUUUGGACUGAACCGCAUGGAUCUGCUGCAGCGAGAGGGUUUAUAUCCACUUCCACCGCAGGCGCCUGAGAAUAUGGGCGUGGAAUUCUCCGGUGUAGUUGAGAGCUUUGGGCCUGAAGGGCAUGAGGAUUUCAAGAUCGGGGAUGAGGUUUUUGGACUUGCAUAUGGAGGUGCCUACGCGGAGUACAUUGCUGUCUCUACGAAGAUGCUGGUUCAUAAGCCGGCGCAGUUGUCAUGGGAAGAGGCUGCGGGUGUGCCGGAGACAUGGAUCACAGCGUCGCAGGCGCUCUUUCUGAUCGGCGACUUCCAACCCGGUCAGUCUGUCCUCUGGCAUGCAGGUGCAUCUUCAGUCUCCAUCUCCGGCAUUCAACUAGCAAAGGCUGCAGGGGCAAAAGCCAUAUAUGCUACGGCAGGCUCAAAGGAAAAGAUUGAAUUCCUCGAAAAGGAACUCGGGGUGACAGCAGCCUUCAAUUAUCACACCCAAGACUGGUCUGCUGAAAUCCAGAAAGCAACCGGUGGAGCUGGUGUCAACCUCACCAUCGACUUUAUCGGGGCGACCUACUUCCAGGGCAAUCUGGACGUGGCCGCUCGUGAUGGCCGCGUCGUACUGCUGGGCCUGAUGGGUGGUGGCAAGCUGCCGGACGGAGUGAAUAUUGCACCCCUGCUAUUCAAGCGUAUUCGAGUUGAAGGUAGUACCCUGCGCAGCCGGGAUGAGGAGUAUCAAAGAAAAUUGCGUGACACCCUAGUGUCGCAUGCAUUGCCAAAAUUUUGCGACAAGACCUUUCGGGUAUUUGUUGAGAAGGUUUUUCGCUUCGAGGAAAUUGAGCAGGCGCAUAAGUUGCUCGAGAGUAAUACAACCAAGGGAAAAAUUGUUUGUGUGGUUGAGUAGAACCAAUCCUAUGACUAAGGAACCGAUGUUGAACUUGGAAUUUGUUGGAUUGUCGAUUCGACAAUUAAAACCCCCCAGCCUCUUUGCCUCAGAGCCAAUGUUCAAGCCUAUCAAAAUAUUUUGCCACUGCUGGAACAAAAUCGUAAACAGAUGGGACUCGUCUGUUCCGUAUCAAGUGUGUUUGAUCAUUUAGUAUAUGUGUCAUGUUUAAAGUUAAAAAACUCGGGAAUUCUUCACAAUUUCCGACAUAACUCCGACGGUUCGGGUCUAACAGCUCAGAAAACAAUCAUCUAGCUGUUAUUAUUUAAUUUAAAUUCUGUUUUUAUGUUUAGCUUUUUAA